GAAACAACAAAUCUCAAAAUCUUUUCAUAUUCUUUUAGUUGAAAGUAAGAGAGGCAAUGAAUAGAGGAGUGUUGGAGAGUUCGCCGGUUCAACACCUCACGUCGGCUGGAAACCCUAAUUGGUGGAAUAACGUCAGCGGCGGCUUGAGGCCACCACCGCCGUUUAUGAGUCACCAGCCGCCGCCUACAACCACUUAUCUUCCAAGUCUCUUGCCUAGCUUCUUCUCUUCUCCAACUUCCUCUUCAUCUUCUUCUUCACCUUCUUUGCCUCUUCCUAAUAGUAACCCUAACUUCUCUUCUUGGCUUGAAAUGAGUGAUCUGCCUCUUGACCAGCCAUGGAACCUUAGUCAACUCCUCUUGGGUGGAUUGAUGAUGGGAGAGGAAGAGAAAAUGGAGAUGAUGAACCAUCAUCAUCAAAAUCAACACCAUAGUUACCAAGAGAAGAAGAUACAGAAUUGGGAAGAACAAGUUUUGAGGCACCAAGCUUCCAUGAAACAAGAGAGUAACAAUACUAAUGGUUAUAGAAUAAUGUCCUCGCCAAACUCACCUCCAAACAAGUCUUGUGAUACAAUUCACAACACCAAUGAAGAAAACAACAAUAACUUUCACAAUGGUCUUAACUUGUCCGAGUGUAAUGGCUCAGAGAUUAUUGGGUCUUCUUUUGCAAAUAAGAAACCAAAGCUUCAAGUUCCUUCAUCACAAUCAACUCUCAAGGUGAGAAAGGAGAAACUUGGAGGCAGAAUUGCAUCUCUUCACCAGCUAGUAUCUCCCUUUGGCAAGACUGACACAGCCUCUGUCUUGUCGGAGGCUAUUGGAUACAUUAGAUUCCUCCACAGUCAAAUUGAGGCUUUAAGUCUACCAUACUUUGCUACUCCCUCGAGGAAUAAUCUGAUGCACCACCAACAUACACAAGGAAAUGUGAAUGGUAUAUUUCCUGAGGACCCUGGUCAGCUUGUGAAUGAGUAUUGCAUGAAAAGAGGAGUUUCAUUGUCAUCGACGGACAAUCAAAAAUCAAAUCCUAACGAAGAACCGAUGAAAGACUUAAGAAGUAGAGGACUUUGUCUUGUUCCAAUCUCAUGCACACUCCAAGUUGGCAGCGACAAUGGCGCCGACUAUUGGGCUCCGGCAUUGGGAUUCACUCUCCAGUGAACUAUUUACUCUGUUAUUUUACUUUUGGUCAGCCAAAAAAAUUAGUUGAUGUUAU